AUGCUUUUCUAUCCGGAAAUUAGUAUUCAAAAUGAAUUGAAAAAAUUGAUGUCCUGCGCCGAUCAGCAGUAUGACCAUCUGCUAAAAGAGAAACGUAAAAGGUUACAAUCCUUGCUGCAAUCAGAGGAAGAGCAACAGGAGCGGGAAAUAAUGCAAAAGUUCCAAGACGAAGAAGCAAUGCGUUUAAGGGACAAAACGAAUGCCCUUCUCAGCUCUAAACAGGAUCAGGAACGCCAACGGUUGGAGUUUGUGAAAAGCAAAAUGAUACAACUUAAGCUAAAUAAUUGCGAUGAAAUACGGUCGUUUCUGCAACAAAAGUAUCAUGAAGAAUCGAAAAAAUGUCAGCUAGCACAAAUCGAGGAUAAAAUAAGACUGAAACAAGCCAAAAUGGACGAAGAACGCAUGUGGACGGAGGUACACGUUCGGAAGUAUAAGAUGGAUUUACAAAAUGAACAAAAGGAAAAACUCGAGCGUAAAUCGAUGGAACAAAAGGCGCUACAAGAUAUUAAACAUCAGAUUAAAGAAAAAUCACUCAAAGCCAUUCAGGAUAAGGUUGAUUUGCAAAAAGUAGUUUGUGCGUCCCUGCCGUUCCCCGAUCAUGAUGCAAAACUGAAAGCCCUCGGUAAAUCGGAACUUGCCGAACACUUGAAUGAACAAAUUGCACUGCGCAAGGAGCUGCAACGUAAACGAGAGGAACAGGAUAUGCAAGUCAUACGCAUGCUAAACGAUACCACAGCCAAACAGCUUGAGCAGGAGCGGCAGGCACGCAUAGCAGAAGACAUUGUGCUGAAAAAGCAGAAGGAUCAGUUCUAUCAGUACUCCAAGCAUGUUUUGCGACAGCGUCAACUUGAAGACGGCAAGCUGGAAAAGCUGAUCAACGACACACGGGAAAAGUUUGAACAGGAAAAGUUGGAGACCUGUCGCCGGGAGAAACAAAAACGGCUGCAGAUGGCAUCCAUUGCUUACGAGGGUCAACGGAUGCAGAUCGCUGAAAUGGAGGCACGCAAGGCCCGGGAACGCGAAGAGCGUCAACAGGAAGCGCUUCGAGAGCGCGAACAGCAGGAAAGGAAUCGUGAAGAGGCGGAACGAGCCGAUUGUAGGAUACAGACAGCAGUCCAGCAGUACCGUGAUUCGUUGAAAGAGCAAAUCAAAUCGGCAUCGCUUGACCGGGAGCGCAACAAACGUGCCAAUCAGAUGGAAACGAACCGAUUGAUCGAGCGAAGCUUUAAUGAGCUGAGUUUUGUGCAAAGCUACGUGAAGGGUUCCUUCGAGGAGCACUUCAAAAAACAUCCGAACGUGUCACUGAUGAAACGCAAGUACUGA